AUGGGAGCAAGUUUUGGAAGUUUAAUGAUGGACAUUAAGGAGGUUGAUUUGGCUACGGGGGUAGGUAAUAGAAAAGUAGGAGAACUAAAUAAUCUACUAAAUGACCCAGAAAUACAAAGUAGCACAGCUCCUCAAAUGAACAACAAUGACCAAGAAAGAACCCAGCCGAACGAAGAAGCAGAAAUCCUGCCGCCACCAUCAAAUGAGAAUAGCCAUCACGAUAAUCAAUCACAUACCCCUCCAUCCUCUACCACUCAAACUAUUCAAUUUAAGGUUAAAAGUGUUGAAAGGUAUGAUGUUGACGUCAAUUUUUUUUCUAUUGAAUUAGACUCUCCUAUUACCGUAAAUGGGCAACGAAUUAAUUCCAUAGAUAUUACGGGGAGAAAAGCCAACGAUGCUUAUCAAGAUGGAGUUUUGCAAACUGGAAAUACUGUUGCUAUCACUAAUAUUAUAUUUUCCCCUCUUCGAGGAGCAGCAAUAAACAGUUACGAUGAGUUGUCUAUUGGUAGGCAUUAUGACGAAAUUCAAGUUGUCUCCGCGACUGGUAAUGACACUUCUCCUCCUCAAUUCCCCAAUAAUCCUGACCCACAACCAACUUCCUUUCCCGAAGUUCAGCAAAAAAAUCAACAAUUAGCCAGCGAAGAAAAUAAUCUUUUUCUCUUAGCUUCCGAACUUUUAAAAACUAUUGAGGAAAAUAGCAAAUUAGUUCACGAAGCCCGACCAUUAGGAUUAAAUUUGACCGAAAUUUCCGAUGACGCCCUUGAUUAUUUUCAGGAAGAGUUUUUCACCCAAUUGGAAGAAGGUCAGCCGCUUAAUAGUCGUCAUAAUCAAAAAAUUAGCACUGACAACGAAAAAAUUAGACAACGAAAAUUAAAUCUUAAAAAUAAUAUUUAUCAAAUAUAUAACGGCAAUGUUAAAAAACUAGCUGAGAGGAAGCAAGAAAGGAAUGAUCCCUCUGCGCCACCUGAGAAUGAAUUAACCAAAUUGAAAAAGCAAAUAACUAAAGAGAUAAAUGAGGUUCUCGCUGAUCCAGAUAAUUUACGAAUCAUAAAUUUAACUACUCUGGCUAAUGAAGAAGUAAUUACAUAUGGAAAUGAUUUUCUCGCUGCUUUAAAAGAAAAGGGGGCAAAGGAAAAGAAGGAAGAAAAAUAUAAUAAAAUUCCUCCCGCAACUAGUUCGCAAAGUUCACCGCAAAAUAACAUUAUUAAUAAUAGUGCCAAGAAAAUAAUUAAUAAUUUGCCCUUACCGGCUGCCAAAAAUGCUGCAAAAAAUAAAAUUAGAGAUCAACUUCCUAAUCUUCCAACUCUUGAUACCCCUAAUAGUGAAGAAGGGGAUAGGAUUAUUGACAAUACCGAAUAUCAACAUAACAUUCAACAUAAUUUAACCCAUGAGAAAAUAUUGGAAAAAUUAGCAAUAAUUGAUGAAGAGAAAAGUAUAAGACUUUCCGGUAGUAAGUUCGCUGUUUACCAAGACUUUGGCAGCCAAUUAUUACAUGCUCUCAUUAAUUUCAUGCGAGCAGAAAAUAGCAACCGUGGUUAUCGUUUAUUCGACAUUCCUUAUUUAGUAAACGCCCAUAAUCUCUAUAACACUGGACAGUUUCACAAAUUUCAAGAUAAUCUUUACAAGCUAGAAGAAAAUAAUUUUUACUUGCUCCCUACGGCCGAGGUAGGUUUAGUUAAUCUUUAUCAAAACCAAAUAUUAACAGAGGGGAAUUUACCCUUAAAAUUAUGCGCUUACAGCCCCUGUUUUCGGGCGGAAAGAAUGGCGGCUGGACAAGAAAAUAAAGGCUUAAUUCGUCUUCACCAAUUUCAUAAAGUGGAGUUAGUGAAAAUAGUUAAACCAGAAAAUUCUUACCACGAAUUGAAAACAUUAUUAACCGAUGCCCGCAACAUUCUCCAUUGCUUAAAAAUUCCUCACCGCGUAAUCGAACUUUGCCACCAAGAAUUAGGAUUUACUGCCGCCAAAACUUACGAUAUUGAAGUCUGA